CUAUGAACGGUAUGAAUCAGUUGAUAUAAUAAUCAUCACUAUUAUUACCUCCGCCAGGAAAUUAUGUUUUUAUUUGUUGAUAGACUAUGGUUUGUAUUGUCUGUCUCUGUUUCUUCUGUCUGGUCUGUCUGUCUGUCUGUCUGUCUGUCUGUCUGUCUGUCUGUCUGUCUGUGUCUUAUCUUCGUUCUUAUCCUCAUUCUUAUUGUAAUCUUUAGUAAUAUCGUUAACCAUAUCGUUGUUCUUAUUCUCUUUGUUAUUUUUAUCUUUUCAUCCAGGGUGCGAUAAUUCGUACCUGACUGGUACUCUAAUUAUGGUUUUUGCCGCGUACUUGAACUGACUUAAGACUCAAGGUGUUCUUAGUCAUUAAAAUGAAAUACAUAAAAUACUCUGAAAGGUAUUCAAUCAAAACUACGAGUCAGAACAAGGAGAACAAUUGUAUAGUUACACAAACCUACAGUUGACUCUAGCAUUCCUUCGUCCCAUGACGGCCAUGAGUGCAAUCAUGUUUCAUGUCAAGAUAUGUCAGAGUUGCACAUACAAACUUAAAUUGCGGUUUUGAAUACUUUGGGUUUGGAAAGGUCAUGUGGUACCAGCAAAAUGUAAGUACGCAGAUAGCAAGAGUUCCGUGUACCUACGUGGUACUUGCAUGGUUGAAAACAAAGGAGUACCAGACCGUAAUAUGACGUACUUCCGGUACGUAAGUACGCGAAUUAUUGCACUCUGUCAUCCUUAUCCCUGUCCUCAUCUUUAUUGUUAUUGUUGUUAUAAUAUAAUUAUUAGUACCAUAACUUUGCUGUGUUGUGGCAACUAUCAAAAUCUUCAUUUUUGUUUUUUCCUUCCAUAACUAAAAGCCAACAAAGUUCGAAGACUGGAAAAGCGUGUUAAAUCUGUCGGUAUGAUUGCUUUGAAAAACAAAGAUGACGAUGAACCAACCUACACAGGUACAGGUUGUGGCUUGUUUCCAAGGAAGAAAGUGAAUCUUAUAUAAUGACUAACUAUCAUGUGAUUUCCGCGAUCAAGCAACACAGACGUCAAACUCAACGCGAAAUCAAAGUCCAUAUCUUAAUUUGCGCAGCCUUAUAUCUCCUAUGUUUAAUUAUUUCAUUUGUUUUUCAAGUGCCUGAUGCAGCUAUGGUAGAAGGCAGCUCGUAGUUUUAACAGUUUGUCAGCCAUGCUUACACUAAAGUAACAAACGCAACUGAUCUCAAAUGUACUUCGCAACUGGAAUUUUAUCGGAAUUUUGUUAUAAGCAUGAACCAUCAAGUAAAAAAAUAAACACGUUAUUUACCGUUUAGGUCGGUAAAUAAAAAAUGAAAGAGGAACAUGGCUGGGAAACAAUGUUUUAUGGUUUGCCCACCUUCGGGAAACAUGACUUGGAAACAAUGUUUCAUGGUUUACCAACAUUUUGAAAUAAAAAAAUUUCUGAAGAAAAUUCUAUCUUGUCUUUUAUUAUAGACAACAUUCGUUCACAAAAAUCAGCACAGAAAAGGAGGAAGAAGCCAAUAAGAUUAUCAAGCACAAAUCCCCGACGAUUGUUAUCGAAAAGAAACUUUGGUGAAAAUAAUGAGUCCCCACGGCCAGUCAAAAUGUGUGGAUCUUGUACUUCAAAAGACGAAACACAGCUUUCAAGUGACCGGGACAAAUGGCCCAUUGGUAAAAUCGAAAAUGGUUGUUUUCACCAAAUUUGCAGUCUACUCGACUUAGCUGUUCGUAGCAAGGAACCACUUAUGAGCGCUUUAGAUGGCUUCGACCAAACAACGGCUGCAGGUAUUAAAACAAAAUAUGAAGCAAAGGGAGGAUUGGGGACUGCCGAAGAAGUACUCGGUAAGUGGGGAUCAAGAAAUCAAGAAAAUAAUGUGGGGGCUCUUAAGAAGAUUCUUAAAGAUACCAUGCAAAGGGAUGACGUUGUUAUCGAGAUUGAAAAAUGGGAGAAUUUGAGAGUUUGUCAUGGAUGCGGUAUUAAAUUGAACAAACCACACUGAUCUCAACACUACUGAAUGUAUCAUAUUUCUAUAAAUAUUAAGUGUACAAAUUUAAUAACAUUUUGGCUAUUGCAGAUAUAACGGCCAAAUAAUAGCUCAUGUGCUUGUACAGACAGAUAAAUAACAUGGUAAUUGGUAAUUGGUAUUUUAGUUAGUUAAUUUUGUAAUUUUUUAUGUGUGAGCUAUUCCGUUUGCUAAAUGGUAUUAAUCCAUUUAAUUUGAAAAAAAAAAUUAGUUUUGCCUAAAAUAACUUCAUGACUUCUAUAUAAUUAACAACAAUUGCACCUAAUUAUAAAAUUAACUAACUAACUACAACCACUAAUAUGUCAAUAUUCUUAGGGGCGGACCAUUAGAAAAGUGAGGGGGGGGU